AUAGAUAAAAGUAUUUUCAAGUUCAAUUGGAAUUUCAUUCAAUAUAAAUUUCAUAAAUUUUUUUUCAUCUGACAAUUGUAUACAAUUGAAUUGUUUUAAAUCAUGCCGAUUUUAAACCUUGGAGAUGAUGAUGGACCAAAAUUUGUUGGCAUCAAAUUCUGUCAAGAAUGUAACAACAUGCUGUAUCCGAAAGAGGAUAAGGAUUCUCGUGUUUUACUUUAUGCCUGUCGUAAUUGCGAUUUUAAACAAAUGGCCGAAAAUAGUUGUGUAUACGUGAAUCGUAUUAUGCACGAAAUUGAUGAAUUGAGCCGAAUCGUUCCCGAUGUUAUACACGAUCCAACAUUACCACGAACCAAAGAACAUCCAUGUCCAAGUUGUGGCCAUAAAGAAGCAGUAUUUUUUCAAGGACAAUCACGCAGAGCUGAAGAUGAUAUGCGAUUAUAUUAUGUUUGUACUGAACCUAAAUGUACACAUAAAUGGACUGAAUAAUGUUUGAAUUACCAAAAUGAUGCAAAAAUCCUCAAUUUUAUUUGUUAAAAAAAAAUCUAGACAAUGAAAAUUUUUACCACAAAUUUGUAUUAUUUUAUCAUAUAGCUCAAUAUUGCCUGUAUGGAUAUUGUUGUUGUGACUGAUUGUAAUUAAAUCCAGGAGCAGGUGCUGAUUGAUUCAUUGAA